UCCUCCUGCCCUCCUGCUCCUCCGUCAUAUCCAGGUUGUUGCAAAAGGACGCAGAGCAGGAGUCCCAGAUGCGAGCUGAAAUUCAGACCAUGAAACAAGAACUCGCAACCAUCAGUAUGAUGGAUGAGUUUGCCAGGUACGCCCGGCUGGAAAGGAAGAUCAACAAAAUGACUGACAAGCUCAAAACUCACGUGAAAGCACGAACUGCCCAAUUGGCCAAAAUAAAGUGGGUUAUAAAUAUUGUAUUCUACAUCUUACAGGCUGCCUUGAUGAUCUCCCUGAUUUGGAAGUACUACUCUGAGCCAGUUACUGUGCUUCCAAGCAAAUGGUUGGCUCCCCUGGAGAGGCUGGUGGCCUUCCCUACAGGGGUGGCAGGUAAGGAAAAGGACAUUCCCAAGCUCCCAUGGAUUAACAGCACUGCUUCUGCACCCCCUUUAUUCUGA